AUGAUCACACGCGUUGGCGACGUCGAAUCGCCGAGAAGGGGCAGUCCGAGCGAGGUGUUCUCGUCCGACAUCAAUGAUAUUCAUCGAGCGCGCAAACACCAGAAACCAUCCAGAUGCACCAAAUUGAUGGCGAUCUUGUUCGGCGUUCUCGCGCUCAUUUUUCUCCUCUCCACCGUCGCGUUGGCAAUCGUCGUUGGAAUUAAGUACAACCAGGACGACGAUAAUAUCAAAGAGAUUCCGAUUCAACGCGAUGACACCGGAAAAUUGCAGUUUGACUGGCCGCAACCAUCGGGCAGCCUGUUCGCGCAUUACAAAAAAGCGGCGGUCGCGUCGGAUCACGGAUUGUGUUCAGAAAUCGGCCGCGACAUUCUCAUCGAAGGCGGAAACGCGGUCGACGCGAUGAUCGCGACGCUUAUCUGCAUCGGCACCGUCAAUCCGCAAUCGUCGGGCAUCGGCGGCGGAUUCGUCAUGACGCUCUAUAACGCAUCGACGGGAAUGUGCGAAACGAUCGACGCUCGAGAAACGGCGCCGUCAGCGGCCACCGAGGACAUGUUUGUUCAGAAUCCCAGUGAUUCUGUCUACGGCUAUCGCUCGAUCGCGACACCAUCCGAACUCCACGGCUUCUGGACCGUUUUCAACAAAUACGGAUCGGGCAAGGUCACGUGGAAGCGGCUGUUCGAGCCGUCGAUCAAUCUCGCCCUUCACGGAUUCCCGGUGUCUUCGAAUCUCGCCAUGGUGUUGGCCGACAAGGAGAAGCUGAUUCGCGAUGAGCCGACAAUGAGGGAGAUCUUCGUCAACCCGAAAACGAAUCGCGUCUACGAGGAGGGCGAUAUUCUCAAGAGGCAACGACUCGCCAACACCUACAGCCUUCUCGCCAACGCCACAGAUCCCGUCGAGUUGUUCUACAAAGGCGGAAUGGCGCAGACGAUCGCCGGAGAGAUCACCGACAACGGCGGGCUCGUCAAUGAGACGGACCUUGCCAGCUACGAGACGCUGAUUGACGAUCAGCCGCUGGUCAGCUCGCACCUUCCCGGCGAUCUUGAAAUGUGCGGACCACCGCCGCCGUCGUCGUUCGUCAUCACCCAGAAUAUUAUUCAAGUGAUGGCACAAUUCUAUAAGAAUGGCGACGUCGAUUUGGACGAUCCGCUCGUUUAUCAUCGGCUCAUCGAGAUCGAGAAAUUCGCGUAUGCGCAACGCACCAAACUGGGCGAUAUCAAAUUUGUCGAAUCGGCGAAAUCGUUGGUCGACGAGAUGAUGACAGAGGAAUACACGAAGAAAAUCGCGAGCAUGAUUAAGGAGACGGCUCAGCCGCUUGAAUAUUACGGAGGCGAUAAGCAGACGAUGGCACCGGACCAUGGAACUUCGCACGUGUCCAUCAUCGAUGCUCAAGGGAAUGCGGUGUCUGCGACGUCUACUGUAAAUCAAAUAUUGGGAUCAAUGAGAGCUUCGCCAACGUUGGGAAUCGUUUGGAACGAUCAGAUGGAUGACUUUAGCACGCCUGGCCAGAAGAACUCGUUCGGCUACGCGCCGUCGCCGACCAACUUCAUUGCGCCUGGAAAACGGCCGAUGAGCUCGAUGAGCCCGACGAUCAUCUAUAGCAAAAAUGAGAAUCGUGUCGAGAUGGUGUCGGGCGGCUCGGGAGGCUCCUACAUCAUCUCGUCGACAGCGCAAACCGUCAUCCGAACAAUGCUCUUCAAUCAGACGGUGAAGGCGGCGGUGGACGCGCCAAGAUUCCACAAUCAAUACCUGCCGGAAGCGACCGAGACGGAAGAAGCGAUGCCGGAAGCGUUGCGGCAGAUUCUCAUCGCCCAAUAUAAGCAGAAUUUCACAAUUGUGCCACGCCAAAAGUCGGUGGUGCAAGCGCUAAUUGCACGAGAUGGCUUCGUCGAAGGCAAUAGCGACUACCGACGGAAAACCUCAACGUACCCUGCUGGUUAUUGA